AUGAGUAUUCAGUAUAAAGAACAAAGUUUGAGCGCCAAUGUCGACGAUUCAAGCGACAACCUACUCCCGUGGGACGCCUCUGAUAUCGAACAAUCUCCUCCCCGACGCCAGAGAUGGAGAGUAUACUUCUAUCGCUUCAAGACAUUUCUCUACAUCUCACUUGCUCUGUACGGAAUCAUGAGUCUUCUCAUCCAGACAGUCUCGUUGAUUCAAUUGCAUCAACCAAUCAACUGCGAAUGCGGAAGCUCUACCACUGAAGCAAUAAGUAAAGGCUGCAAGUACGAUACCAUGUCCGCUGCAUGGCUGCCUGUAGCCUGUCGAGAUGACGAGCUCAGUGCCGAGUUUGAUCGCAUGGGACCCGGACCAAACGGGCAAUGGUACUAUUGGGCAGACGAGAAUAGGACUCGAGAACUUAGUAUAGAGGAGCUGUCCCUGCUGCCAGACCAAGGACUACCAUUCUUUACAAACUGGGACUGGCAUGUUGCUCAU